AUGCCGGGCGUGUCGAGGAAUCUGUCGGGCUGCAUGCAGAUCCAACCUUGCCAGCCUCCUACUUACAUCGACAAGUGCAUGUACGAGGCGAGGCGGCUUAUGGGUUUUGGCGUCUUGGGGCUUGGAGGUCACGUGGGGCCAGUCCGUGCCGAUGAUGCUCCUCGCCAGGCCGUGAAUUGCGAGGAUUUGCCAUCGGGUGGCUCCUGUGCUAUCAUCUGCCGCUAUCCAUUCUAUAGCCCUGAUGUCUAUGAAGAUGGUCUGUUCUGCCCACAGGACAAUGUGGACCCAUUGAAGGAGGUGGAAGUUCGUCAGAUUCCGACUUGUGAGCUCUUCUGUCCAAGCCCGCCGCCACCGCCGGGCUACAUCAAGCUUCAUGACUUGUUGCUGGAAACCGAGAACGGUACGGAGAUCAACAGGGAUCCGGCCUACACCUGUGCACCUGGCUGGACUGGCACCCCGAAUCACACCUGCUCCGUAAACAGUACCACUUGUGCUGUUCCAGCGACAUUGCAAGGGUGCUUCCAGAUGCUGCCGUGCAUGCCUAUCGACCCUCGCUCCUUCGAUACAUGCACUUUCAACAUCACGGAGUGCGAAGAGAAGAGCCAGACGAACAUCGCGGAGUACACUGGCCCUGCACCAGGGACGAUCUGCCAGCUUUCGUGCAGGGAGCCGAUGCGAGGAGACGUCACGAAUGCCUCUUGUGUGGAGCGGAACAUCGAUCCCAGACGAAGAAUGGAGUACGACUUGCCUACGUGCAACAUGUAUUGCCCACCACCAGAGGUAAUACCAGAAGGUUACGUCCAUGUAGGUGCCACAGCUGGCAAUGUUUCCAACAGUACAAUCCAGCUGCCUGACGGUGCGAACGUGGCCAGCAUAGAGUACCGCUGCGCGCCUGGCUACGCUGGUCUGGCGCAGAUCUCCUGCCACUUGCAAGGAGCCUACAGCAGCGCGACCGGGACAGUGGAAUGCGUCACCGUGACGUCUUUUUCUGGCUGUGCUCCGUCGCAGCCAUGCGUGGCCCCAGUGGUGGACUCGUGCCGCCAUGACGUCUCGGCCUGCGGGAACCUGCCUCCAGGGCAGAGUUGUGAGGUAAGCUGCACUCCACCUUUGGUGGGAGUUCCGAGCACGUUCCACUGUCCGGCAGACAACGUGGAUUCGACGCAGCUUGUGGUGGGAGAGCUUCCUUCUUGCCGCUUCCCCUUCGGCUGCGAGGAGCCCGUACCUCUGACCCGAGGCUAUGUCAAGGUGAAUGAGAGCAGCUACGAGUGUGCCGAAGGCUACAUCGGAGAGGACCAGAUCUGCGGCCUGAACUACUCCGCAUGUACCGGGACCGGCCCGGGACAGACCUGCCGAGUCCCCUGCUUGGCCGGCUACAUUGAAAACACCUCCUAUGUCUGGGAGGAGGAUGAGAUGGAAAUGGAAGAGCAGAUGAUGACCAACAACAUCUCCAUGGCUGGUCUCCCCGACAAUGCCACAGAACCCAGCUGCCCAGCAGGCAACAUUGACCCCACGAAAGUCAUCGAGUUUGAGCGCAUCCGCUGCGAGUUCCAGGUUUGCAUCGACCCACAUCCUACACCACUGGGCUACACGAAGCUGCCAAACGGAACAUGGACCUGUCAGCGAGGAUUCGUUGGAGAAGUCGUCAAGGAGUGCCACGUGUGCAACGCGUCCCUGGCCUUGUCAGGAUGCAUGCCAGUUAUGCCAUGCGUGGCGCCAGUGCUCCCCGAUGAUCAGUGCAUGCUGGACCUCUCGAACUGCACGUUUCUGAACCCUGGAGACAGCUGCGAGAUUGCCUGCCAGUGGCCGUUUGCUGGCUCGCUGCCUUCGUAUGGCGUUUGUCCUUCGGACAACACGGAUCCUACCUUUGAGUUCAACUUCACCAUGCCGCACUGCGAGCUGACAUGCCAUUCUCCGGAUCCUGUCCCCGAAGGCUACGUGUUGGCCGAGUCUGGCGAGUGGCAAUGUGCGGAAAGCUACAGCGGCAAGGCAGAAUAUCACUGCGAAUUGAUGUUGGAAUGCUGGUCGAUGGCAUCUCUCUCUGGUUGCUAUGCUCCUCUGGCCUGCGACGUGCCUACCGUGGAGUUCUGCACGCACGUUGAGAUUGGCUGCAAUGGCUCCCUGGCUGCUGGCCAG